AUGUCGGGCAAAGACCGAAUCGAAAUCUUUCCCUCACGAAUGGCACAGACCAUCAUGAAGGCUCGAUUGAAAGGAGCACAGACAGGCCGAAACCUCCUGAAGAAGAAAUCCGAUGCCCUCACUCUUCGAUUCCGACAGAUCCUGAAGAAGAUCAUAGAGACUAAAAUGCUGAUGGGUGAAGUGAUGAGAGAAGCUGCCUUUUCACUUGCUGAGGCCAAGUUCACAGCAGGGGACUUCAGCACAACAGUUAUCCAAAAUGUGAAUAAAGCUCAAGUGAAGAUUCGAGCAAAGAAAGAUAAUGUAGCAGGUGUUACCUUGCCAAUAUUUGAACAUUACCAUGAAGGAACCGACAGUUAUGAACUGACUGGUUUAGCCAGAGGUGGGGAACAACUGGCUAAAUUAAAGAGGAACUAUGCCAAAGCAGUGGAACUACUGGUGGAACUCGCCUCACUGCAGACUUCCUUUGUUACUUUGGAUGAAGCUAUUAAGAUAACCAACAGGCGUGUAAAUGCCAUUGAACAUGUCAUCAUUCCCAGGAUUGAACGUACCCUUGCUUAUAUCAUCGCAGAGCUGGAUGAGAGAGAGCGAGAAGAGUUCUAUAGGUUAAAGAAAAUACAGGAGAAGAAAAAGAUUCUCAAGGAAAAAACUGAGAGGGAACUGGAGAAACGGAAGAUAGCUGGAGAGGUGACAGAGCCUGCCAAUCUUCUGGCUGAAGAGAAGGACGAGGAUCUUCUGUUUGAGUAA